AUGACACUUCUUGGGAAAAUGUACGAGAAGGGGUUGGGCGUCAAGCUGGACAAGAAGAAGGCGGAGCGGCUGAUUCGCGACGCCGCAGAUCGGGGCGACGCGUCCGCGCAAGCCAGUUUAGGGUUUUUACUCAAUUCUGAGCAGAGAUUUGAAGAAGCAUUCCGCUACUAUGCGCUCGCGGCGGAUCAGGGCUUUACCAUUGCAGAGCAUAACCUUGGCAACUGGUACAGGCACGGAAGAGGCACGGAAAUAACUGUCGACCUCGACAAAGCCAGAUACUGGUUCGAGCGCGCCGCUGCCAAGGGCUUCGAGGAUGCUAUAGAGGCCCUUGCGGGCCUCGACGCGCGAGCAUAG